CUCUCUCUCUCUCUCUCUUCUCUAUACACUGAACAACACUCCAAAUUCUAGCUAUGGUAUUCUCACACAACAUUUUCUAGAUUUUGCUGUAGUGUAGUGUUGGCCAAACAUAACUCAACAACCCCACCAAUAUUGCAACUCACUCUUUACUUUCACACUCUCACACAUACUCUUGUUCAUGUUCAUGUUCAUGUCUCAACACCGCUGAAGGCUGCAACUGUGUGCCAUUGGAAGCAACAACUUUACCUUUCUUUUCUCUCACCUCUUAACUCUCAUCUUCUUCUACCAAAAAAAUAGGGACACAAACCUCCAAUCUCCAUGGCUGAUGCCACCAAGUAUGUUCCCAUCGGUGGUGCCAACCUCUCCUCCGACCUCAAGAGCCUCUCAGCAAUUCUCAAAACCAGAAAAACUGUGGCUUUUGCAUACGCUUUCGUAAUUGCCUUCGUGGCUUUCACUGUUUUCUUAGCCUUUUCUCCUUCUCCAAACGCUUCCUCUCCCUGGUUCACCAACAUAUUCUCUUCCACAUCCUCCCCAGAUGGUUCCUACAAACCUCAAAUCCCUUCCAUUUUCUCACUCCUUUUCCCAAACUCUUCUUCACCCUCCAAUUCCUCUGAUCCACUGCUCAACAACACCAACACUUCUAGAUCUGCAAAUAUUAAUGCCACUUCUCUUUCUCCUCGUCUCAACACUACCUCACAAACUCAAACACUCAAAGCAACCUCCUUUGUAAACCGAACACAAUCCUCGGAUGUUUCAUCCCAAGGUGCGGUUCCUUUCCCAACCGCAAACCAGACCACGAAUUCUCACGCUCCAAGUCUGGAGGUGAAAUCUGGGGGUGGAAAAAAUCACACUUUUAACACCCCUGAAGCUAAAGCUAUAACCACUAACCAAACUACAAAUGCUACUGCACCUGCAACACCUGCAACCAAUGUUUCAGUGAGUUUCCCUGUCCAGAAAGUUCCACAUCAGAACUCAAGUUCUAAUUCUUCUGUGAAGGCUGAUUCGGUAAAGGGUGUUGCUUCGAAUGGUAAUUACACGGCUUCUCUGGCGAGGAAACGGAUUAAUGGAAAUAAUCACACUGAGGGGAACGAUGAAUCGAUGGAGUCUCUUAUGAAGUGUGAUUUUUUUGAUGGAAAGUGGGUUAAGGAUGAUUCUUACCCUCUCUAUAAGCCAGAUUCUUGCUCUUUGAUAGAUGAACAGUUCAAUUGUAUUAGGAAUGGAAGGCCCGAUAAGGAAUAUCAAACGUAUAAGUGGAAGCCUAAGGGUUGCAGCCUCCCAAGGUUGGAUGCGCAUCGAAUGCUGGAAUUGUUGAGAGGGAAGAGACUUGUUUUUGUUGGUGAUUCGCUCAAUAGGAACAUGUGGGAGUCUCUGAUUUGCAUAUUGAGAGGUGCUGUGAAGGAUAAAAAAAAGGUUUUCGAAGCAAAUGGAAGAGUUCAUUUCAGAGGCGAAGCCUCUUAUUCAUUUAUAUUCAAAGAUUAUCACUUUUCUGUGGAGCUUUUUGUGUCUCCAUUUUUGGUUCAAGAAGGAGAAAUGACUGAUAAGAAUGGAACAAAGAAGGAAACACUUCGUCUUGAUUUAGUUGGUCAAUCUUCGUCUCAAUAUAAAGAUGCAGACAUUAUCAUCUUCAACACUGGCCACUGGUGGACUCAUGAUAAAACCUCUAAAGGGCAGGACUAUUACCAAGAAGGUAGCCAUGUGUAUUCUGAGUUAAAUGUUCUUGAGGCAUUCCGAAGAGCUUUAACUACAUGGAGCAGGUGGGUUGAUGCCAACAUUAAUCCAUCCAAGACCGUGGUCUUCUUCAGAGGCUAUUCUGCUUCCCAUUUCAGUGGUGGACAGUGGAAUUCUGGUGGGCAAUGUGACAGUGAAACCGAUCCAAUUGAGAACGAGAAGUACCUAACUGAGUAUCCAGAUAAGAUGAUUGUUUUGGAGAAGGUGCUAAAGAACAUGAAAACCCGUGUGACCUACCAAAACGUGACUAGAAUGACAGAUUUUCGAAAGGAUGGUCAUCCUUCCAUAUACAGGAAGCAAAAUCUAACUCCUGAAGAAAGAAAAUCGCCAUUGAGAUACCAAGAUUGCAGCCACUGGUGCCUUCCUGGUGUUCCUGAUAUAUGGAAUGAGAUUCUGUAUGCCGAACUUCUGAUGAGAGAGUAUCAGAAUCAGCAUAAGCAGAAGAGAACAUAGGUAACGAAUAAACUACGAGAUUUAAUGAGUUAAGUAACAUAUGCAGUAUACCAUUUUUGUUCCUACGCAUAGAAAGAAAUCAUAUACAGAAAAGGCUUUUAUAUGAAGGUUCAUGAUAUUAAGUGGACCCAUAUAUACACCAUUUGUGCUGCAAUAAAUUUGUUGAUAUGGAUGAAUGACAUGAAUUUGUGAAGAGGAGAGAAUACAAGGGUGCUUUUGUUUAUCAGUGUAAA